ACACCCAAACAUCACACCAUCUCCAACAAAGCAACAAUUUUUCAUUCCAAAGCUCUCAAAGCCAUGGCGGAAGAAAAGCAAGGCCAUCAUCACCACCACCUUCACCUUCACCACCACAAAGAAGGAGAAGAGUACUCCGGUGGCGACGUUGACUACGAGAAAGAAAAGAAGCACCACAAGCACCUUGAACACCUCGGCGAGCUUGGUGUCGCUGCUGCUGGUGCCUAUGCUCUGCAUGAGAAGCACGAGGCGAAGAAAGACAGCGAGCAUAGCCACGGGCACAAGAUCAAGGAGGAAGUUGCCGCCGCGGUGGCCGUCGGAGCUGGUGGGUUUGUGCUCCACGAGCAUCAUGAGAAGAAGGAAGCAAAGAGAGAAGAGAAAGAGGCUGAUCAUGGCAAGGACCAUCGCCACCAUCUUUUUUGAAACUUUCGCUUGAAUUUGUGUGGAGUUGUUUGUGUGUGUGUGUGUGUGUUUUGGCUUUGUUUUUGAUGUUUGGGUUUGGAGAGCUGAAUAUGGUAAGUUUGUAAAAUAAAUUUGAGAUGCUUUAUUACGUAAUAAAAUUUGUCUUUUUUUUUUUUCUC